UGAUGGCGACCGAUAUUUAUAGAUCGUCGGGGUGUUGUUAAUUUUCAAUAAUAAAUGUUUUAACAAUGGAGGAAACUAAAGUUAUUUACUACAUCGACGAUGAAGAGACGCCGUACCUAGUUAAAAUACCAAUAUCUCCCGAGAAAGUGACUCUACUCGAUUUCAAGAAUCAAUUGAAUAGGCCGAAUUAUAAAUUUUUUUUCAAGUCAAUGGACGAUGAUUUCGGUGUCGUGAAAGAGGAAAUAGUCGAUGAUAACGCUCAUCUGCCGUGCUUCAACGGUCGUGUCGUGUCGUGGUUAGUGUCCGCGGAGGGUUCUAAUCCCUCGGACGGCGCAUCUCAGUGCACGGACAGCAACGCUGGCAAGGGAAAACAAAAUGUACACGGGGCCCCUACUGCGCCUCUCACCAGGGACACCUGCACCGACACGGACAGCACCAUCAGCUCCAGGCCCGGGCAUCGAGCCUCGUGCGACAAAUACAAGUACAGAGGUCUCAGAAUCAACGGGCACUCCAAGUACGGGAACCACGGUCUGGAGUACGAGACCGCGUCCGUGCUGAGCUCGGACCUGGAUUCCACGAGCCUGUUCGACAGCCAGUCGGAGAUCACGACCACGACGGGCCGCCACACCAACGCGUCGGUGGACCGUGCGCUGACGGAGUGCAGCAGCGUGUCGCACCUGCAAGUGAGCUCGCGCAAGCGGCCGCAGCGCCGGCGCAAGCGGCCACAGGUCAUGUCGAGGACGUCCUCCUACUCCUCCAUCACGGACUCCACCAUGUCCAUGCACAUCAUAACGGUCACGUUGAACAUGGACACUGUAAACUUCCUCGGAAUAUCCAUAGUGGGGCAGUCCAACAAGGGUGGCGAUGGAGGCAUCUACGUCGGAAGCAUCAUGAAGGGUGGGGCGGUGGCCCUGGAUGGGAGAAUAGAGCCCGGAGAUAUGAUAUUGCAAGUGAACGAUGUGAACUUCGAGGACAUGACGAACGACGAGGCGGUGCGGGUGCUGCGGGAGGUGGUGCAGAAGCCCGGCCCCAUCAAGCUGGUGGUGGCCAAGUGCUGGGACCCCAACCCCAAAGGCUACUUCACCAUUCCCCGCACCGAGCCCGUCAGACCUAUAGAUCCUGGCGCGUGGGUGGCGCACACGGCGGCGCUGCGCGAGGCGUAUCCGCCACCGCCGCUGUCGUCGCUGCCGGCGCCCUCGCUGCCGGAGCGCGACGAGCCGCAGCUGAGCGUGGGCAUGGACAUGGCGCUGGUGGUGCGCGCCAUGCUGCGCCCCGACUCCGGCCUCGAGAUCCGCGACCGCAUGUGGCUGAAGAUCACCAUCCCCAACGCGUUCAUCGGCGCCGACGUCGUCGACUGGAUCCUGCAGCACGUCGCUGGCAUCGCCGACCGCCGGGACGCCAGGAAGUACGCCUCCCACAUGCUCAAGGCGGGGUUCAUCCGGCACACGGUGAACAAGAUAACGUUCUCGGAGCAGUGCUACUACGUGGCGGGCGAGCUGUGCGCGGAGCUGGCGGCGCUGCGCCUGCGCGCGCCCGACGCCGACUCCCUCGCCAGCGACACGCUCGCGCCGCUGCCCAACCCCGCUAUGAUGGGUCCGGGGUACAUGCCGUAUGCGGGCUCGUACGGCUACCAGCCGAUCCCGUUCAAGUACUCGAGCUGCGUGACGAGCGAGCACACCAUCUACGGCUACAACCGCGAGGAGAGCGUGCUGUCCGGCAGCGGCGGCUCCAGCGCCGGCUCCGACCACCUCACCGCCAAGGAGCCCGCAGCAGGUCGCGAGGGCGAGGUGAAGUCGACGUCGUCCGGUUCGGGCGCGUCGGCGGCGGACGGGGGCGGUGGCGGCGGCGGCGGCGGCGGGGGUACGCGGCGCUCGCACUCCAGCGGCUCCGACCGCGCCGCCGACAGACCCGUGCUAUUCCUAUAACGGACCAAGUUUUGAAUGUCCAUCACUGCCAAAUAACGUAUGUAUUAAAUGUAAUCGCGAAGUAUUCCUAUCCCGCGCGCCGGCC